AUGCCCAGUAACAAUCUAGCUUCCACGGAGGUGUCCCCGCUGCGGCACGUACGGGACAUCACAACUUUCCAUAAGGGCAAAGACAACACUACCUAUGACACUUUCUGCGCGCUGCCCAGCCCACCCAGGCCGUACUGCGCCUAUGACUAUGCGGUUAUCGCUGAGAUUAUCAAACAUGCCGAUACAGCCGUAGCCAGAGCGUACAGAAAGGGGACAGGCUCCGGCUUGGUCACCCUGCAGUCCAUACUUCAAGCGUAUGAGCACAUUCUGCCCCGCCAUGGAAUUAAGCCGGACGAGGAUACGUACUACUACCGUCUUAUUCUUAAGCUGAGCCUUGACCCGGAGCCGGAUUGGUGGGUGAAGCUCAACCGUGAAACCGGCACCACCGGAGGCGCUGUAUCGUCCAACCGUUCAACACCGCGGGCAGGUGAUUCCCGUCCAUCCAGUGUGUACCGCGUGUCGCCGACGCGAUUGCCUCGGUCGAUUGGGACAGGGAACAACGCAAAGCCCAGCGUCCAUAGCGCCAGCGCGACGCCUUCCGUCCGGAGCAGAAUCCCCACUAUCGGUGGUGGGCGGAUUCCCGGGCGUGCAUCGCCGUAUCGCACUUCAAAGUCGUUGGCGCGCUCAACUGAUCUUGAGCUGCAGGACGCGAUACGGACGGCAGUGGCCCAGACAGCACGGCUGCGUGCAUCAUGGGAGGCCUCUCAGGACACAGCAAGCCGCAGCGCGCACACUUCGCCCAGAAAUCCAUCUUCUCAGAGGGCAUCGCCGCGGAAAGGGUCGCAGGAGGCGGGCCGGAAUAUAGAUCAAGAUGCGGAAACAUGGGCUACCCGAGAGGCAGCUGCCAGAGCUCUGGUGAUACGGCACGCGAUAGAGGCGACGCAGGUGCCGCAGCAUGCAGCGUGGGAUGGAACCCAGAUCGGCGCGGACGAUAGGUCCGUGCGGUCCAUUGCUGGUCGGUCAGCAGUGUCGCUCCAGGCCGCGGCCCGCCAGGCGGCCGCGCGAUUGGACGGGUCCGGUCCUGGCAUGGGGGAAUUCAAUGAGGCCGCACGUGCCCUCCAGGAAGCGGCGGAACAGGCGACAGCUGCUGCAUACGCUGCAGUGGAUGCGGCGCGCGGUGUAACGCAGGGUCAUGCUCCGCUUCCAUUGGGUCGAUACGAAAUGGACACGCCAUCCGCAACUCUGACGGAAGGCUCCCUGCGUGCUUUGUCCGCGGCACCGCGCUCAGCGCCUGCGUCCGCCGCCUCUGGAAGCGUCGACGGGCGGUCCAUGAUGCUGCACAGCGUCACGAGUGAAGGCGGUGCACCUUCGUCAUUCUAUAGAGACGAUUUUGGAGAUACCUCUGAUUACGGCGCGGCGAGCAGCCGGUAUGCUUCUUAUUGGUCGCAGGGGACCCGGGAUCCCAGCGGUGUCAUAGAGCAUAGCAGGUCCUAUCGCGAUGAUGGUGUUGGUAUGUCACAUCUUGGCUCUCGUGUGCCCUCCAGCCAGUUUUUGCAUCGUUCCCUGAGCAACAACACCGGCGGUAGUGCUGGCUUGAGCUUCGGUGUGAGUCAAUUCAUGUCGGAACCGGGCACCGAUAGCCUGAGCGCGGACCGCGGCAGUGGAGGCGGCGCCAGCGGCGUCGGUGCAAGCGUGUCCAGCGCGAGGACGGGGCUCAGCGGUAGCAGCUUUCCAACAGGCACUGGCAGCGGAAUCGUCCGGCUUGGUGGGGUCGCAAGAAGUGAAAAUGGCGCCAGUGGGAUGCACCCAACGGCCAGCUCGACACAUGGCAGUGUAAUCAGCGCAAGCACACGUGGGGGUGGCGUCGUCUACGGCAGCAGCAUGCGGAGCGACGGAGGUCUCAGCACGCAUACUCACACUAGCGGCCGCAUGAGUUCUGCUGACCCGGGCAUAGAUCCAAGAGGGAGUGGCGGCCAUUUUAGCGGCCAUGCAAGCGAGUAUGGCGGGUCUACAAACCGGGGUGGCAGCGUGCGCAGCGCCAGUGCAAAUGGUGCUACCAGCGUCCCCGCCUCCGCCGGUGCUGGCGCUGGCGGAAGCAGCGCGUAUAGUUCCAGCGCCCCUGGUGACGUGGGCGCUGGCUCUGUCCGCGCCAGCAGUCAAAACCUUGGCAGGAGUGCCAGCUCUGGCAGGAGCGUCGGCGGCCUCAGUUCCAACACCGGCUUUGGCGGCUUCCGCUCGGACAUGGGCGAAAACAAAGGUCGGGGCGGCGGUGCCGGUGAUCCAGGCUUAGCGGCUGCCAAUAGCGACAGCGAGGCAUCCUUUCGACCAUCCAAUGGCACGGUGCGGGAUGAUGGUGGCCCAGGACCGGACGCCAUUGCCAGGAGCCAUGCUGCUAGCUUGCGCACUGGCAGCAGCAUUAGUCCCGUGCCCCGAGGCUCUGGAUCUUUUGCAUCAGGUACACAACACGACCGAAGCUAUAGUGCCUGGCCGGACUGUCCAGAUGGCAUCGGCGGCGGUGGUGAUGGCUUCAGCUUCCAUUCGAGUGCCGUUGCCAGUGGUGUCAGCUCGGGUGUUUUCAAUGAAAUUAGAAGACCUGGAGUGGCGAGCGCCGGUGGAUUCGGGCAUGUCUCAGCCGGCGGUGCUGAAAGCUUGGUCGGUGAUGCUGGCGGGUGUUACGGAUACCCGCCCGGGGCCAGCGGUAUCUUUGGCGGACGUCCUGACGAAUCGAGCUUUAGCUUUGCCACGGGCGGCGGAGGGCCUGUACCAUACGGCCAAUUCCCACCGGAUGGCAGUAUUGCUGGUGGCUUCCAUUGGCCUGCACCUGAAGCAGCUGCCGGAGGCGGCGGCGGCUUGUUUCCUGCGGCUCCAGGCAGCGGUCCAUGGGGACCGAAUGACGAUGGCCGGGGCAACGCUUCUGGCAGCGGAGGCGGAGGCGCACCGCUUGGACGGCCUCCUUCGCCGCCUGAUGAUGAGGAUGAUGAGGAUGAUGAGUCAGAUCUGCCCGAGGACGCUGAGGCGUACAUGGACUUCAGCCGCAUGGCACGUGCGUUUCAGACGUGGCGACGAAACACUUGCACGCGCAUGAUAACCAGGUCUGAGCGCGACCAGGCCUUGCACAACUGGGCCGUUGCGGCUUCGUUCUGGGCGGUCCAGUUGCUGCGACGGUGCUUCACUAAAUGGCACAGCCUCGCUCCUCGCAAGGCCCUGAUGGCCAUGUCGAUCUGGGGAGACAACAGCCGUGCCGGAUGCUUCAGGCGCUGGCUAGUGUUUACGCGAUUCCUCCGAUCAAAGAAUGCUCAGGGUGUCCGCCUCUGGCGGGUCCGCCUCCUCAAGCGCUCCUGGCGGCAGUGGAGGCACUACACUUGGUCCCGGCAACGGAAGGUGAUGGCGGCCAAGAAGGCUCGGUUAUUCAGGACCGACAGGAUGCUGCACAGCAGCUGGCUUUCAUGGCAAACCUUCACUGCCUACAGGGUACACAAGUGCAGUUCUGUACGUUGCCCCUUUGAGCAGGCGCUGAUGGUUAAGAAGGCUGUGGGCUUCUGGUCAGACCUUCGGAUUCGUGCCUACUGGCUGGAGUGGCGCUACUUCACCGUGACGAAGCGCAGGGUGACACUGGGCACCAGAAAGGCGCUGGAGUUCUGGUCGCGACACGCUGCAUCUCUCGCUGGCCGUCAAGUUCUGGACCGGCUCUACACUCCGCAGUUGCUGGCGGCAAUGGCGAGAGUUUACCGUCAAGCAGAGGCACAAGGCUCUGGCUUUGGAGCGUGCGUUGAAUUUCUGGGCUACGCACAUUCGAUCUGCCUGUCUGCGCUUGUGGCGACAACAUACGGCUGCUCGGCAGCGCAAGGUGAUUCUCGCUUCUUGGCCGACGACACUAGCAAAGCGCUGCGAUUGUGGACUGGUCGCACACUGGCCGCAUGCUUGUCGACGUGGCAGGAUUUCACGGCCAAACAGAAACGAAAGGCGCUGGGAUUGGCCAAGGCAGAGGGCUUGUGGAGGAUUCACACGUUCCGGAACUGCCUCUCCGAGUGGAGCUUACUAGUACAGGAGGCGCGGCGGAGCUGGCAGUUGUCAGAGCAGGUGUACAUGCGUCGCUUACUGCACAACUGGCACUUGGUGGCUUGCUCGCUUGCAAAACUGUCGGCCGCAUACAACACCAUCCAACAAGCUGCUUGCAACUACGCCCUCAAGAUUCUCAGACCGCUGCUGCGCGACGUCUUCUACUGUUGGCUGGACUGGCAUGAAGGGAGGAUGCUGCGCCGGUCCCGUGAGACCGAGGCGCGCCAUAGCAUGAAUGCCCGCAAGCAGCGGCUGGUAAUGCGAGCGUGGUACGGCAAUGUGGUAGCGAGCAGGAAGCUGAAAGCUGCCUGCCAGUCCAUCAUGCGGAACGAGGUGAAGCGGGUUAUGGUAUCCGCCUUGCGUCAGCUGCGGCGGGAGCAUGACAAUGCGCGGCGGGCGGCUGAGGGGCGCAGGGCCGUGGAGCGCGGCGCAGCCCGGCGCUGCCUGCGGCACUGGAAGGCGCUGGGUCAAGCUCGGCAGGCCCAAGACGAGUGGCGAGCUCAGCGGCUCCAGCUUGUGACAGCGCAGCGCACUCGGCGCGUAAUGACAGCAUGGCAGCUGGUGGCCUGCCUGCACGCGGAGCACGAGCGUCUGGUGCAUAUCUGCACUGUUCGGAUCCAUCGGCGCCGGGCCGCGACCAUCAUCCAAGCAUGGCGUGGGCGGGUCCUCGGUUCGGUGACCAAGCGCAUGAAGAUGCUCGCGGCGCUUUUGGCGUGGGAGCGGGGCUUGAAGACCCGCGCAUGGCGCGCCUGGAGCAACCUUCUUGCCGCUUCGCGUGCCAGCGCCAGCCGCUUUGCCAUGGCAGCCCGUCAUCAUCGCACCAGGCGCCUGGGGCUGUGCUUCGGCGUGCUAUUGAAGCUGUGGCGCGCAUACCGCGAACGGCUGGGGCGUGCGCUGCGAUUCCGCGAUGUGCACGCCUUGGGGCUGCUCGCAGAGGUGCUGGCGGCCUGGCGGGAGCUUGUGGAAGUGCUGAAAUGGAAGAACAUUCGGAUGCGGAGGGCUGAGACGCACGGCCGCCACCGGCUGCUGGCUGGCUCUCUUUACGGCUGGUAUUAUGUGGCCCGGCACCGCCUGGCCUCAAAGCAUGCGGUAGCGGUAGCCGUAUUGCACUGGGUGCGACGUCGUCGCGCCGCUGCGUUGGCGUGGUGGCGCGCCUGGGCUGCGACCCAUCGGGCGAUGCGGCUGCGCGGGGAGGGAUAUGCGCGGGUGCGGGCAACGAGAACAAAGGCAUGGGUAUUGGUGCGACUGAGGGCCAACGUGAUCCAAAAUGCGCGCAUUGCGGGCGCUAUUGCCCACCGCAACCGCUACAUGGCGCGUCUCGCUCUGUCCGGCUGGUUGCUUCGAACCCUGCUCGCGGGGGAGUGGGUCAGCCGCUUGUGGGUAAUUGCUGAGCAGCUGUCAUGGCAGCUGCUGGCGGACUCGCUGGCGGCAUGGCAAGAGUUUAUCCUCCACCGCCGUAGGAAGCACGGCAUGAUACGGACCGCCAUGCACUACUGGCGCCUGGGACGCCAACGCAACGCUUGGGAUAGCCUGCGCUGGCACGCCACGAACCGCCAGAUCAUGCGAGCAGCGAUGGCACGAGGGCGUCAGGGUGCGGCAUCACGCGUAUUGCGGGCCUGGCGGGAGGAGGCGCAUUACCGGCGUGGGCUGCGGGACCGCUUUGCUCUGAUACAGGCGCGCUCCCGGCGGAUGGCGUUGAGGCAUGGUAUGGAUAGAUGGCGUAUCUUCCUGGCACUUCGGGUGUUCCGCCGGGAACAGCAUUUCGUGUCGGGGCAACACUACCUGCGGAGCACUGCGUGGCGAGCCUUCCGCAGCUGGUACAACUACCAUAUGCACCUGCGCCACGCAUUUGAGCGGGCGCAGGCAAUCACUCACCGCUGGCGAAGGCGCGACGCGGCAGAGGUACUGACUGCAUUCGCCGAGAACGUUGUAUUCCAGCGCCAGAUGCGCGACGCGGCGGAGGUGUUCCGUAUCACCUGCUCGCGGCGGGUCUUGGCGGCAUGGCAGGAGUUUCUGGGCAUCAAAAGGGCGACUGACUUUUGGAGCCAUAAGCGCCUGAUUGAUGUGUUCGGCGCCUGGGGGCAAUACGUGCUUUGGAGGCGAGGUUUGCGGGCCAUCGGUGCACAAGUGGCGCUGCGCUGGCGCAGCCUGACCGCUGCGCUGGUGCUGGCCACCUGGAGGGACCUUACGCGGGAGCGCCUGCGGCUCAUGGAGCUGGGCUUCAUGCUAGCGGCCAGAACCACCCGCACUGCAGUGUCGGCACUGCUGUACUCCUGGCAAGCUUAUGCGGUGCGGAGCGCCCGCCGCAAGCGCACAGGCGCGUUGGUCAUGGCGCGUAAGCGCGCCGCCACCCUACACGCUUGCCUGAACGGCUGGCACACCGCUGCGACAAGGCGAGCCAGCCUGAAGCGCGCUGCCGCCACUACCAUCGCUAACUCUCAGCGCUCCACCCUGUUGGCUGUCUUCGGUUUCUGGUACUGGCACGCUGCGAAUGCUGCGCGACUGCGGCUGAUCUCAGAGCAGCUCGCAGCACGGACGCGACGUUGUCUAUUGGCCGCCGCGAUGGCGGCGUGGUGCUCUCACGUAGGUCGCGCGGUGCGGCUUCGAGCAUUGCAGGAAACCAUUGCCGCAAGUGCGAGAUUCGCGGCGGCACGCGCUACGUUUGAGGCAUGGCACGAACGCGCUGCCUACAAAGCUCACCUUCGGUUCGCCGAGUGCCAUGUGUCUGCGCAGCUGCAGCUUAAAGUGAGUGGCGCAGUGUUCGACGAGUGGCACGCGCGAGCAGCAUACAAAGCACGUCUGUGUCGGGCAGAGCGGGCCCUGGCGUGUCGUAUCCGUCUGGCGACCCUGGGCAACAUCUUCAGCAGCUGGCUUGGCUACAGCAACUAUAAGGUGCAGUGCAAACGAUCCGUGCGGGUGAUGCGGUGCCGCCGCCAGCGGCGCACACAAUUGGCAGUGCUACAAGGUUGGCGCAUCUGGGCGGCCUACAUGGCGCACCUGGCGGCGGCGGAGGCGCGAAUGGCGCGACGGCAUCGGGUACGCCUGCUGGCAGAGGCGUGCUGCGCGUGGCGUGCGUAUACAGAAUAUAAGGGCCAGCUGCGAAAGGCGGAGGAGAGGGUACGGGAGCGGUGGCAACGGAGGCUUUUGGCAGAGGCUUGUAUGGAGUGGCACUUGUGCGCGUGGCGCAUAGGCGGGCUAAAGGCCCUGUUGGAAAGGGUACUGGUGCGGCUUACUGCACUGGCCUUUUACGGCUGGAGGGAGUUGGUUGCGGAGGGAAAACACUGGCGCGCGGUGCAGAGCGCAAUGCGGGCGAUGAUUGCUCAGAAGCCUGCCCUUGGUGAGACUGCUUGCUACGCCAUAGUCAGGCUUCGCAUGUGGCCGCUGUCAUUGGUAUUCUACACGUGGUACGACAACGCGCAGGAGUGCCGAUACCUGCGUGACAAGACAACCGAUGCCGUGUUUACGUACGCAGGCAGCUUGUUGCGCAAGGCUCUGGCGACAUGGUUGGCCUAUGCGCUGCGGCGCCACCACAUGCGUCAGAAAAUCCACCGCUUCGUCUCAUCCGUCAGUGCCAAGAUGCUACGCAAGACAUUAAGGGAGUGGCACCGUUUGGCAAUGUACUUGGGGCGGCUGCGGCUAGCGGCGAUGGUCUUGAAGCAAAGAGUGGACGACCAGAUGCUGCGCUUCACGCUCGGUUUAUGGCGGGAGACGGCGGCGCGCUGGGCUGGACUCAAAACUAUCCUGGCGCGCAAUAUGGCCCGGCUGUUGUCCCUGGCCUGGGAGGUGUGGCUGGAGGAGACAGUCGCAGGGCGCAAGAAGGCGCGGGCGGUCAGCUUCAUUGGUGCCCGCUGGGCACGUCGCGACCUGGCAGCUCUCUUCGCCGCCUGGCACCGUCUGGUGACAGCCCUCAAUGCCGCGCGCCGAAUCCUGGCGCGAGCGCAGCGGCGGCACAAGGAGUGGGCAUGGGCGGUCUGGCAGGAGGUUGUGUUCCAAAUGGCCCUCGAACGCGGAAAUGAGCUGCAUCAGCGGCGGAUCGCGGUACGAGCCUUGCAAGGCUGGCACGAUGUAGUGGUGGACGCGCGGCGUGAAGCGGUGCUUAAGGCACAGAUGCAGCGUCGGGUUGUUGAAGAGGCCUUCAUGGAGUUGCGGCGACAGUGGCUCGCGCAGACUUACUACCGCAGAUUGUACUACCGCCGCACGCUUGGGGGCUGGUACAAGCGCGCUCAGGAGCUGCGCCAAGAACGGGCACGCCUUUGGCAUGCCUCCCGCGCCAUCCUUUACGGCUGCCUUGCGCGGUGCUUCACUGUCUGGUGGCAACACACCCAGGCAAUGACCAUCAAGCGCGCCGUGUUCGUUCGCAAGCAGCGGGCUUUGGCUGAGGCGCUGCGGCGGGGCGACGAGCUGGUGGCCCGCAGGAAUGCGGAGCUGGCGGAGCUGACUUUCAGGGCCUGGCGUAUGCUGGCGAGCCGUUACAAGGAGGUGCACCGGCGGCGGGCAGUGCUGGGUGCACGCCUGGUCGCGGGCGUGUGGGCAGAUUGGCGCGAGACCACCUUAACCCGGCGGGCGACGAAAGCCAAGAUGGCCGCUGUGCUUCGCCGGCGUCUCCUCGCACGGCCCUUCACCGCUUGGCGCAAGGCCGCAGCCGCAGCUGCGUCCAAGCUGGACAUUGCCGACUCGCAUCGCCGCGCGGUGUUGCUGGAUGCAGCCUUGAGCGCCUGGCUUGUCCACCACAAUGAUGUGGCUUCUCGCCGCAUGGCGCUGCGUCGCGCAUUAGCAGCAGGUUGGGCUGCGGCUGCUGCAGCCUUGCGCGCGCGCGCGUGGGAAGCAUGGUGCGAGGCCAUGUUGCGGCGGAUGGCGGUGCGGCAGGUGGUGGAACAAGCGUUCCAGCGCCGCUGCAGACGGAGGCUGGGCCAGGCCUUCGACGUGUGGCUGAAGUACACACAGGCAAUGCGCACAGGUGGCAUUGACCCAGGCUCCCCUUAUCUGACUCCUCGUGACCGCGACGUCGAUCGCCGGCUGGUCACCAGGAUGGCGGCACUGGCUGGAAACGAUCAGGCGCUCGCGGGUCCCGAGAUCGCGUCGUCAGCAGGCGUGCUGGACGGCCUCUAUCCUUCGAGUGCACUCAAGCACGCCCUGGAGCGGCGGCAGGAAGUCUCGGCCUUCCUGUCCUUGGCGCGCAACACCCUCUCCGCCGGCGGCGCCCGCCGUACGCCCGGCUCUGCCUUCGCCUCCGCGAUGCUGGCGGAGCGCCAACGACAGGGGGAUCGGCGGGCCAGUCACGGCAGUGGCAGUGGGAGCGGCAGCACGGCUGGGAGCAGCCACGGCAGUUCCCUGGUCUCGGCGCCUUCCUCUGGGGCAAACGGAGCCGACUUGUCGGAACUUGCGCUGCAAGUCGUGCGGGCAACACCCGGGCUCAGCCCCGCAGGCAAGACUCGGGCCCCAACGGCUCCGAGGCCGCGGCCAACGAAACCCUUGAGCUCGGACCUUGGCAUUAGCGGCAGUCUCUACGACGAUAGGCUAGACUUGCGUGCUCUAUAUGACAACGUCGGGAUGCGCGCUAGCUACCCUCCGCCGCCAGCCGCGGCAGCAACGGCAGGUCUGCCGCCGCCUGGCCCCUUCGGCGGAUUCACCCCCGUCCGCCCGCUGGGCGAUAGCCCGAUGCCGUUGCCGCGAGGCGUCGUCAUGCCUUCCAACCCCGCUUCCGCUGCGCACAUCGCGCCGCGCCGCAUUGAUUUCACGGGGUCUCGUGGCGAUGUUGGCACAUCGGUGAUCCCGCUGCCGGCAGCGUACGAUAAUAGCCAAUACUAUUACGGGUAUGGCACUCCGUCAAGGUCCCAGCAAGCGCGCGUUGGCGCUGACAGCGACAUCUCCAGCGUCACAAGCGGCGAACUGCUGCCCCUGGAUGAGGUGCAGGCGCGAGCUAUUGCCCCGGCUGCUGCUGAAAAGCCACCGGCGGUGGCAGCGGUUCCCUUCUGGAUUAGUGGCACGACACCCGGGGCACGGCAUGCUUCAGCCAAGGGCAGGAACUGGGCUUGGGGCUCAUCACCCCAGGCUACCGGUUUUGCGCUUAAAUGGUAA